AUGGCUGUCAAGGUUGGAAUCAACGGUUUCGGACGAAUUGGUCGAAUUGUUCUCAGGAACGCCAUCGAGCACGGUGACCUCGAGGUUGUCGCUGUCAACGACCCCUUCAUCGACCUCGAGUACAUGGUCUACAUGUUCAAGUACGACUCUACCCACGGUCGAUUCAAGGGUACCGUCGAGACCAAGGAGGGCAAGCUCUACAUCAACGGCAAGGCCGUCACCGUCUUUGGCGAGCGAGACCCCGCCAACAUCAAGUGGGCUGACGCCGGUGCCGAGUACAUUGUCGAGGCUACUGGUGUCUUCACCACCUCUGAGGCCGCCGGUGUCCACCUCAAGGGUGGCGCCAAGAAGGUCGUCAUCUCUGCCCCCUCUGCCGACGCCCCUAUGUUUGUCUGCGGUGUCAACCUCGAGGCUUACAAACCCGAGUACAAGAUCAUCUCCAACGCUUCCUGCACCACCAACUGCCUUGCUCCCCUCGCCAAGGUUAUCAACGACAACUUUACCAUCGUUGAGGGUCUCAUGACCACCGUCCACGCUACCACCGCCACCCAGAAGACCGUCGACGGUCCUUCCCACAAGGACUGGCGAGGUGGUCGAGGCGCUGCCGCCAACAUCAUUCCCUCUUCUACCGGUGCCGCCAAGGCUGUCGGCAAGGUCAUCCCUGCCCUCAACGGCAAGCUUACCGGUAUGGCUUUCCGAGUCCCCACCGCCGAUGUCUCUGUUGUCGACCUCGUCUGCCGAAUUGAGAAGGGUGCGUCUUACGCCGACAUCAAGGCCGUCAUCAAGAAGGCCUCCGAGUCCCCCGAGCUCAAGGGUAUCCUUGGUUACACCGAGGACCAGGUCGUCUCCACCGACUUUGUUGGCUCUCUCGAGUCUUCCAUCUUUGACGCCCAGGCCGGUAUCGCCCUCAAUGACAACUUUGUCAAGCUCGUCUCUUGGUACGACAACGAGUACGGUUACUCUCGACGAGUCUGUGACCUUAUCGCCUACAUUGCCAAGGUCGACGCCAAGGCUCAGUAA